AUCUUUCUGACAACUGAUUUCACUCUGAUUUCAAGAUCCUUAAAUCUCCCAACUCAACCAUCAUGUCCACUCCAGUAAACAACUCUUUGACCGACCUCAAGGACUCCACUGGCCAGAUCAUGGCCAUCAUCAGCGCUGCCCGGCAGAUUCCCCCGGGUCCCAGCCAUGCAGCUCUGGGAAAGCAGGUUGCUACACUUGUGUCUGAGGUAGCCAAGAUCUAUGGGUCCGGGGAUGGUCCCAUUCCCGGACUCGUCAUUUCUUGCAUCAAGGAGCUCCAGCACAUCCGGAACAUGGUUCCCAAGGUCUGGCCAUCCUGGCACGCGAUCGGGUAUGACGAUCCCCGCGUUCUGAGGCACGUCUGGUACCCCAAGGUCCAAGCCUGGGAGGCCUUAGGUGACCCGGCCUUCAAUCUUCCAAUUGUCGCCCUCCCAUCCACAGGUCCCAUUCCUGUCCACCUUCCUUCCCCAGCCAUUCCUGCCAGCAAUGUCGCCGGCCCUUCCACCCUCCCCACCACCGAGUCCCGUGACAAGGGCAAAGGUAAGGCCGUCUUUGCUGACCCAGAGCCCGAGGCGGAGGGGAGUAGGAAGAGGAAGUCUCCCAUGAUGUCAGAGCACUCCUCCCAACCCCCGAAGUCGGCGAUGAAGACUCACAAGCGUACGCGGUCAUCUCGCGUUGUGAAGUCCAAGCCCAUCGUGGAGUCGGAAGAUGAAGAACCGACUAUCAAGCCCUUGUUUUCGCGUGGAGUGCCGGAGGUCCUUGUUCCCCUGUACUCCACAAUUCUCGCAAGGGCGCCCACUUCCCCUCGAUCCCCCAGGGCUCCGACGAAAAAACCGUUUGGCCCUGCCACUGCGAUUGCCGGCAGUCACCAGGCAGUCGUCGAGCCCUCCCAGCCAACUCCCGAACCCCCUGCGCAGGCACCCCCAGCUGGGGAUGGAGGUGACAUCCUGAUUCCCGGACCAAACAACCCGUGCCACGCAUGCACAAAGCAAGACUGGCCUUGUGCAACUCGGUACACCAAGAAGACCGGGGCUCCGGGUACAUCGUGCGUCUACUGCACCACAAAGAAGAUCAAAUGCACCCCUGCGUAUAUGGGAUCCCCGCCUCCUCGCGUUCGUGGUUCCUCUACCACCCGGACGACCAAGUCCAGGACGCCAUCCAGGGCUCCCUCCAAGGCUCCCACCAAGACUCCCACCAAUGCCCCCCCCGCGUCCCAAACCCCUGCCCCCUCCAAAGUGCCCCCUGCCUCCCAAUCCAAGGCACGCACUCGCAGUCAGUCUCGUGGCCCGUCCGGAACUUCCAAUGUCACUGCUGUGACAGCCCCCAAGACCCAGACGCGUGGUCGCAGCAAGACCAUCACUGCUGUCAAGGCACCUGCACCUGCACCUGCACCUGCACCAGCUCCGCUUCCGGCGCCCAGGUCAGCAGUCCCGGCUGCACCACGUGGCCCGGCAGUCCCUGCUGCAGCACUUGAUGUGCCCAUGCCGGAUCUCCAUGCCAUGUCCAUUGCGAUUCGUGAUGGAGCAGCUCGAAUCGCUCUUCUGGAGGCUCGUGUGGCACAGCAGGAUGGUAAGAUUGACACCCUGCAACGCCUUCAUGAAGGCCUUAGGCGCGAAAUCAUCGACCGGCACCCCUCAUUCCCACUGCCCGAUCUUCCUGCCAAUGCAUCAUCCUUGUUGCUCAAUCAAUCCGGCCCCCCCACCAUAUCAACCACCGCAUCUGUACUCCCGCCCCUCAUUGAUCUCAUCAUGGAUGACGUUCCUCCCACAACCGCAACCCCAAUACUCCCGGAUGCCUCUGCCAUUGAUGGCAUCCUGUUUGAAUACAACCAGGUCGUUCAUUCAGAGGAUCCAGAUGCUUCCGGCGAUGCUCAUCCAGAGGAUCCAGAGGAUCCAGAUGCGUCCGGCUCCAUUGUGGACCCAGGUGAUCCAAGCAACCUUGUCCCAGAAUAUGACUCUUCUGAUGACAUGGAUGUUGAGGUGGAGGUGAAGGUUGAAGAGCCUUCUGAGGAGGUUGACAUGGCUACAUAA